CAAGACGGGCGGCCGGUGGCGGCGCCGCUUGCGAGGAAGUUAGAAAGCCGCUAUGGCGAGUCCCGCCGCCGCCGCUGCCGCCUCUGUGAGACCGCCCAGGCCCAAGAAAGAGCCGCAGACUCUUGUGAUCCCCAAGAAUGCGGCCGAGGAGCAGAAGCUCAAGCUGGAGCGGCUCAUGAAGAACCCGGACAAAGCAGUUCCAAUUCCAGAGAAGAUGAAUGAAUGGGCUCCUCGGCCUCCUCCAGAAUUUGUCCGGGAUGUCAUGGGUUCCAGUGCCGGGGCUGGCAGUGGAGAGUUCCACGUGUAUAGGCACCUGCGGCGGAGAGAGUACCAGCGGCAAGACUACAUGGAUGCCAUGGCUGAGAAGCAAAAACUGGAUGCAGAGUUUCAGAAGAGACUGGAAAAGAAUAAAGUCGCUGCAGAGGAGCAGACUGCAAAGCGCCGGAAAAAGCGCCAGAAGUUAAAAGAGAAGAAGUUAAUGGCGAAGAAGAUGAAACUUGAGCAGAAGAGCCAGAAGGAAGAACCCAAUCAGUGCCAGGAACAGCGUGCCAGCAGCUCUGAGGAUGCAUCUGGGACAGAGGAGGAGGAAGAAGAGCCCAGCAUCAUCAUGGGGCGAUGAGGACGUGAGCCCAGCUCGUUCUCUGACCAGCUUCGGGAAGGAAAGGAGGCCCAGCUGCCAGACUGGCUGUGUUGGGAGAUGGCAGAAGGCUCCUGCGUCCCUGCUUGCCUAGGGAGCAGAGGGACCUCCCCUAGACAUUUGCAGACUGUGUCCUGCCUUGCUCUUGCUGAGGGGGAAUGCUUCACCUUCCCCCAGUGCUUGUGCCCUGCUUGAACAGUGAUGAGCUCAGGCUGGUUUCUGCGAAGGGAAUUUUAUUUAGUAAAGAGCAGAAAACCUA